AUGGCCGGCGCCGGCGUUGUGCUAGCAGUGGUGCUGUCGGUGUUGGGUAUCUCCGGCUUCGUCCGAGCCGAGGACCCUUACCUCUUCUUCACAUGGAACGUCACCUACGGCACCAUCGCACCCCUCGGUGUCCCUCAGCAGGGCAUCCUCAUCAACGACCAGUUCCCCGGCCCUAACAUCAACUCCACCACCAACAACAACAUCGUCAUCAACGUCUUCAACUUCCUCGACGAGCCGCUCCUCUUCUCCUGGAAUGGAAUUCAGCAGAGGAAGAAUUCGUGGGAGGAUGGGAUGGCCGGAACCAACUGCCCGAUCCCGGCGGGAACCAACUUCACGUACCAUUUCCAGGUGAAGGACCAGAUCGGUAGCUUCUUCUACUUCCCGUCGUUGGGGAUGCAGAAGGCAGCCGGCGGAUUCGGCGGCCUCCGCAUCAACAGUCGUCUCCUCAUCCCGGUGCCGUUCGACGCCCCUGCCGACGACUAUACCGUCGUCAUCGGCGAUUGGUACAACAAGGACCACACCGCCCUCGCCAAGACCCUUGACUCCGGCAGAAGCAUCGGCCUCCCCGUCGGCGUCCUCAUCAACGGCAGGCCCGGCAAGGACGGCAAGGGGAAGGACGAUGCUCCCCUGUUUGAGAUGGAGGCCGGUAAGGUUUACCGGUACCGGAUCUGCAACGUCGGCAUCAGGACCACGCUCAACUUCCGGUUCCAGGGCCACGUUAUGACGCUGGUGGAGAUGGACGGAUCCCACACGAUGCAGAACGUGUACGAGUCCCUCGACGUCCACAUCGGCCAAUGCUUCUCGGUGCUGGUGAAGGCCGACCAGGCCCCCGGCGACUACUACAUCGUGGCGUCUACGCGGUUCUUGCGGCACAAGGAGCUGACCGCCACCGCGGUCGUCCGGUACGCCGGCUCCUCCGCAGCGCCGUCGCCGGUGCUUCCCAAGGCGCCCGCCAGCUGGGCCUGGUCCCUCAACCAGUGGCGAUCUUUCAAGUGGAACCUGACCGCCAGCGCCGCCCGCCCCAAUCCCCAAGGGUCCUUCCACUACGGCAACAUCGACAUCACCCGCACCAUCAAGCUCGCCAGCUCCCGCAACUUCGUCGCCGGCAACCUCCGUUACGCCCUCAACGGCGUAUCGCACGUCGACACCGAGACCCCGCUCAAGCUCGUCGAGUACUACGGCUUCGGCGGCAACUACUUCGAGUACAACGUCACCGGCGACGAGCCCCCCACGGAAGGCUCUCCGAUCAAGCUGCUCCCCGACGUCAAGACCGUGGAGUUCAGGACCUACGUGGAGAUCAUCUUGGAGAACCCCGAGAAAGCCGUGCAGGUUUACCACCUGAAUGGCUACGCCUUCUUCCCAGUCGGGAUGGGUCCAGGGAAGUGGUCGCCGGAGAAAAGGAACACAUACAACAUGCUCGACGCCGUGAGCAGACACUCCGUUCAGGUGUACCCUAGGUCGUGGUCAGCGAUUCUGCUCACGUUCGAUAACGCUGGGAUGUGGAACUUGAGGUCGGAAAAUUGGGAGAGACGCUACUUGGGGCAGCAGCUCUACCUCAGCGUGCAGUCGCCGGAGCGCUCGCUCAGGGACGAGUACAGCUUGCCGGACACAGUAUUGCUCUGUGGGCCCAUUGCCGCCUUCCCCAAGCCGCCUCCCUACACCUAA